AUGGCUUAUUCUCCUAUUCCAGCUCUUGAUGAUCUUUCUGUUCGUGAAUGGAAUAAUCUAACCGAUGAUUUAGCAAAAACUAUUGGUUUUUGUCAACGUGUCGGCUUAUUACAUACUUAUCCAGCUGAAUUCUGUCCAAAAAAACACAGUAAUUGGUAUUUAGGAUCAUGUCCAAAGUCAAUUGAUAAAUGCAAAUGGCGCUGUCGAGUAUAUCGUCGAGGUGCUGCAACGUUAUUACCACUGAUUCAUCAAUUUAUUUUACCUGGUAGUACAAAUUAUAGUGAUCAAUGCAGUGCCUACAAUUCAAUUGUUAAUAUUAAUAAUGGGCCCAAUCGUUAUGCUCAUGAGACUGUUAAUCAUUCAAUUAAUUUUGUCGAUCCAACAACAUUAGUUCACACUCAAACGGUCGAAAACGUGUGGAUGGUCGCUAAAAUCAGGAAGAAAAAUCAAAUGGGACAACAUCGUUCUUUGCUAGACUCACAUUUAGCUGAGUUUAUAUGGCGCCGUAAAUUUGGAAAUCGUUCUUUUGAAAACUUAAUUCGAAUUAUUCAAGAAGUUUAUCCAGCGGUUUAA